AUGUCUCCUUCAGAGCAUCCCAGACCAAGCUAUAGUGGUUCCAAUAACAGCAAUACAAGAAUAUACAAGGAUGAUAAUAAAAGGCCGCGAAAAUACAUGCCACCUCAUCACAGCCAGUAUAAUGGUCAUCACCAGUAUCAAUGCACAACUCCCCCAUAUGGCCAGAAAAACAACAUUAACCCAUUUUCUUCAAGGCGACAUGACCCACCGGGUGCACUAUCAGGUGCCUUGAACAAUACCCAAGGCUCUGUGAGUAGUAAUGGGGACUCAUAUAAUUCAUAUCGCCCGAGCAAUAGCCAUGAUUCAGGCUACGCCCGAAAUUCAUUCUCGUCAGGAGGGCCAAGACGGAACAGAUAUCGACCUUCUCGAGGACACCAUAUUGCUGGCGCUUCCAAUGGUCGUGGAGGUAGCUCCUCCAGUUAUUUCAGAUCAUAUAGCAGUGAUGGUAACCCAAGUGGUUCAAAUGGAAGAUAUUCAAAUAGCUAUUACAGCAGAGAGCAUUUCAGAAUUGAAGACUUCAGACAAAGUUCAGUUUCUGCGCACGAUGACGCAUAUGCGAGCGGAAGAUGGGCUUCAGAGAGUCGAGAUCGCAGCGCUCCUCUUGGAGAUGAAUCUUCCAAAACUGGUGAUCUCAUAGGAGGGUUGAGCAACAAGGGUGGUGAUUUAAUACUUAACAGAGACUACAGAUACAACCGCGGGGGAAUGCGUGAUUAUAGACCCUCAAGAGUACACUCCACUGGCGGGGGAUAUGCGCGAAGUCAUUAUCGGGACGAAUAUCGGUCAGAAUAUCGCGAAGAAGAUGACCGAUUUUGGGAUGAUCGCCAAAACUAUCACAACUACAACAGAACAUAUGAUUCUGCUUCGCUAGAGAGUUCACAAUCUCCGUUAAGAAGAUCGGAAGUAGACGAGAGGGCUCACAAAACAGAAAGAAUGGAGAUGGAAUCAAAUGAACACAAUCAGAAGGAUACCACUGUGAGAGACACUGGAACACAGACCGACAUGUCCAAUUCUUCAAGUCGAAAUGAUACUCCAACUGAAGCAGCUCACGUACCAGCUAAGCGGGAUGAAAUGGCUGAGGAAAUAAUCUCGGCAAAUGAUCAAGGUGCACAGGAAAUUCCACUCUCAGAUUACAAUCAGGUGAAAGGUGAAGUUGAAUCAAGCUUUGAAGUGAAGCUUGGCGAUUUGGAAGCAAAAGAGGUUACUGCCAAAGUUGAUGUAGAAAUGGACACCACUGAGGAAAGGUGUUUUAAGGUAGGAGACGUUGCAUCGAUCACGGAAGACAAUGAUCAGAGGGCAUCAAUAUCAGAGAUAGGCUUGAAAUCUGAAGAGGCGGAAGAGGAGCAAAAUACAGGGGAAGGAGAAGAACAAGAGGAAAAGGAAGAUGGUCAGAAACCAGAAGAACAGGCUGCACCUGAAGCAGGAAAUAAAUUGAGGAUGGAUUUACAAGUCACUGCUGUCAAAUCACGGGAAGAAACUAGAUCCAUCGGACCAGUUGACAAACAAGGUACUCACUCAAAUAACGAGGGAGCAGUAGCAGAAGCCACAAUUACAAUCAAGUCUGCUAAUCCAGAUGUGGAGGAAUGUAUUUUCCCGAUGAACAGAGUGGAAACCAAGUUUUAUGAACUCAAAAAGCUUCCUGUAGCGGAGCGUCGAAAGACAUUAAAAUAUCUGCAGCCAGAGAAACUCUUUGAUUUGCACCAAUACAACUUCUACAAUUCAGCCUUUGUGAUUUUCAAGCAGGCUGAUGGCCCGAAUUUGCUGGAGAAAUCAUUGGAGCACCAAAAACUUCUGGCGCACAAGAAGAAAGACUUGAUUGAAGAAUAUGUUUACCGAAAGCAUUUAUGGGAACGGAGAGUGUCAUUAAUGGACGAGCAGUUGAGCAAAUUCUAUAAUGUUGGUGAACCAGAAUUGAAACCUCAAACGAGCGAAAGUUCAAAGACAGAGAUCACUGAAAAGCCAUUGUCAGGUCGCCGUGGUCGUCAUGGCGAUACGGUCAGAACUGAAGCAGAAUUUCUGGAAAUCUUGGCAAGCCUGGAAAAAGAACGUGAGAAGGAUCCUAUGGUUAGAGCGCAACAUGGAUGUGCCAGAAUUCCUGAUAUGAUAAUCGAUCCAAUUGAGCGAUACGCAACAGUUCAUAUUCUCGAUUCAAAUAAUAUGGUGCGCGAUAAAUCACAGUGGGCCAAAAGAAUUGAGUUGGAUUCUUUGGACACGUUCACACUGGCAGAGCAUGAAAAAUUCUGUGAAGCUUAUAGUCUGUGGCCCAAAAAGUUCGGCCGUAUAUCUAAUUAUAUGGGCGGGCUAAGAACACCCGAGGAGUGUGUUUUACAUUAUUACAGGACGAAGAAACAAGUGAACUUCAAGCAGAUUGUGGCUAACAAGAACCGGAGGGCAACAAGAAAAGCCUCCAGUAGCAAAAGAAAAUCCAAAGACGGAAGGAUUAGAACUGGUACCCACACUCCUGAACCAUCCACAGCCGAUUCUGCGAACAUCAGUAUUGAAGGAACAUUGGGCAAGCCAAGUGAUGAAGAAGGGGAGCCAGAUAACAAUAAGAAAAGGCUGAACACCUCCUUGUCUCCUACAGAAAAGAAGAAGCAAAAGAUGUCAGAAAGUGUGCCAGUAUCAGCUUCAUCGAAUGAAAUAAGCAGCAAUAUUCCCGCAACAUCGCUCUCUCUAGAUGACAAUGAAAAGGGAGAAUUAAUUAGAAGGACAGCUGUCGCGGAACCGCUAGUGAAACCUAAGAAGAAAAGGGGCAGAAAGAAGUUAAAUUCCGAAGGACCUUCAAGUGCUCAUAAUCUCACAGAGUUGAAAGAAAACGUCCCUGUAUUGCAAUCUUCAAGUGGGGAUCCUUUGGAAGUAGCUCGUGAAAUGAAAGAGGAACUUGACCAGAGACUCAAAGACACAUCACCAUACAGUCAGAAUGACCAGGAGAGUCGCGGAACGAUGUCGUCUGGUACAGAGGAGAGCGAAAAGAAGAAAGAGAAGCACAAGGACAAAAGCCAUAUCACAAGUUAUUGGAGUGUGCAGGAAAUCAGUUUGUUUCCGGAUCUUCUUCAGAAAUACGGAACUGACUGGGAAACGAUGUCGAGGCAUAUCACAACCAAAACUUCGACCAUGGUGAGAAAUUAUUAUCAAAGAGGAUUAUCCGAUAAUUCAAAAUGGGAAGAGUUAGCUCGUGAAGCAGAUCUACGGCGUACAAAAGAGAAAGAGUCGCCGAACGCGAAGACUGAGGGUGUGAAUGGUCCUCCAUUGGGAUAUUUUUAUGACAGACGGCCUUCUGCAUCAGUACACUCAAUGGAUGAACAAAAGCUGGCACUUUCUGAACCUACUUCUCAAGGCAUACAGCUUCCCGUUUUGCAUACCUACUACCCAUCUUCUAGCACAAGUGCCCCUGCUGGCCCCGAAUCUUCCGUCAAUCUAACUUCAAGGUUACCUGCGGUAAGCCUUCCUGAGAAAAUUGAAAGUUCCGAGAAAAACCCACCAUUGUUGCAGGUUCCACUUCCUGUAAAUAGCAAUCCAUUGUCUUCCCUAGUGGAGGCAGCAGGCUCCGUCCAAAAGGGCGCUGAUUCUAAUCCAAACCUCCUCAAGAUGAACUCGUUGUUGAACACUGUAUUGCAGCCCCCACAUCUAAGAAGUGCGGCGCAGGCUCAUUUGCAACCAUUGACGUCGACGUCAUCAGUGUCCCCUUCUUCUCCAUACACACCUAAACUGCGUUCAUCUAUUAAAAGUUUACUAAAUGAUGAAAGGUCGGACUCCAAGCCGCAACAUGCAUAUUCCGCCACAAACUUUAACAACUUGGUGAAUGCCAAUGAUCGAGCUCCCGAGGCCUCGGACAAAACCGUUCAGACUACAACCGGGAUGACUGCACUUGAUGCUUUAGCCCAAGUGGCAUUUGAGAGAAAAUAG